UUAUUAUCUCAGCCUAUAUACAAAUUAAAAAAAAUUCUUUGCCCAAAUUUUGAUUCUCAGUCGUCUCUCUUUUCCGCUUUCGUUGAGGUUGACAAUGGCAGCUCAUGAAGAAGGAAAUGACAGGAGAAUUAUUACAUAUUUCCGUCGUCGUUUUCGUCAUCAACCAUUGCCCCUGACUCCACCACGAACACCUGAAAUCAUUCCGCACAAGCCUAGAAUGAUUGACGAUGAUAGCGAAGAAGACAUGGAGAGGGAAGACAAGUUCUAUUUAGAAGAAAAAGAAGUUGACAAGAAGGUUCAUGAAGAAGAGUCUGAGAACAUGUUUGAGAAAACAGAGCCUAAAAUGAUUGAGGAUGCUAGUGAAAAGGAGGAAAAGGAAGAAAAGGACAACUUGGAAAAAAAGAAGUUGACAAGAAGGCAAAAGAAGGUUGAUGCAUAAGAGUCCGAGAACAUGUGGAUGAAGAGAAGAGAAGAAAUAGAUACCUCAAGUACCCGUCGUCAGGGUAAUGGCGUAAAUUUGGAUGAACAUCGCAAGGGUAGACUUGCUUAGCAUUCAUGUCGUAGUCAACCUAGACAAUACUAUGUUAGACCAAUGAUUGUUAUGUUACUGUGUUAGAUCUUUUAUGGUGUGAUAAACAAAUUAUGGUUUGACAUUUUGAUUAAUUGAU